GCGGAGGGCGGUGUGGCGGCGGCGGCGGGGGCGGCACGGGGGGAGCGCAGCGCCGCGGAGCCGCCGCCGGGGCAGCCCAGCGGGUCCGCCGGGAGCACCCGCGCGGGCCCCGCUCCGGGUGAGGGGGGAGCGGAGCGGAGCGGGGAGCGGUGCCCGUGCCGCCGCCGCCGCCACCAUGUCCGGGCGCGGCCACAACAAGCUGCCGACCACCGAGCGCAUCGUCAAGGCCGUCCCGUUCCCUCCCACGCAGCGGCUCACUCUGAAGGAGGUGUUUGAGGAUGGCAAGCCCAGGCUCGAUGUCCUCAAGAGCCACUUGGUGAAGGAAGGGCGGCUGGAGGAGGACGCGGCGCUGAAAAUCAUCAACGACGGCGCCGCCAUCCUGAGGCACGAGAAGACCAUGAUCGAGGUGGAGGCUCCAAUCACAGUGUGUGGUGACAUCCACGGGCAGUUCUUUGACCUGAUGAAGCUCUUUGAAGUGGGAGGAUCGCCCAAUAACACCCGCUACCUCUUCCUGGGGGACUACGUGGACAGAGGCUACUUCAGUAUAGAGUGCGUGCUGUAUUUAUGGAGUUUAAAGAUAAAUCAUCCCAAAACGUUGUUCCUCCUUCGAGGGAACCACGAGUGCAGGCACCUCACAGAGUACUUCACCUUCAAGCAGGAAUGCCGGAUCAAGUACUCGGAGCGAGUGUACGACGCGUGCAUGGACACCUUCGACUGUCUUCCUCUUGCUGCCCUCCUCAACCAGCAGUUCCUGUGUGUGCACGGGGGCCUGUCGCCAGAAAUCACAUGUCUAGAUGACAUUAGGAAAUUAGACAGGUUUAAGGAGCCUCCAGCCUUCGGUCCGAUGUGUGACCUGCUGUGGUCGGAUCCCUCGGAGGAUUACGGCAACGAGAAAACCCUGGAGCACUUUGCCCACAACACUGUCCGGGGCUGCUCCUAUUUCUACAGUUAUCCUGCAGUGUGUGAAUUUUUGCAGAACAAUAGUUUGUUAUCCGUAAUCCGAGCUCACGAAGCCCAGGAUGCUGGGUACCGAAUGUACAGGAAGAGCCAGACCACGGGCUUUCCCUCGUUAAUCACAAUCUUCUCUGCACCAAAUUACUUAGAUGUCUAUAACAACAAGGCUGCUGUACUGAAAUACGAAAACAACGUCAUGAACAUCAGGCAGUUCAACUGUUCCCCUCACCCCUACUGGCUCCCAAACUUCAUGGAUGUCUUCACAUGGUCUUUGCCUUUCGUAGGGGAAAAGGUCACCGAGAUGCUCGUGAACAUCCUCAACAUCUGCUCCGACGACGAGCUGAUCUCGGACGGCGACGAGACCUUGGAAGGUGGGACAACGGUGCGUAAGGAGAUCAUCAGGAAUAAGAUCAGAGCCAUCGGGAAGAUGGCACGGGUCUUCUCAGUCCUUCGGGAGGAGAGCGAGAGCGUGCUGACCCUCAAAGGCCUGACCCCCACAGGUACCCUGCCCCUGGGAGUGCUCUCGGGGGGCAGGCAGACCCUGCAGACCGCCACAGUAGAAGCGGUAGAGGCACGGGAAGGUAUGGCUAGAACCCGGCGAGAGACUCAAAUCAUCUCCGUGUCCAUCCGAGGCUUCUCCCCGCAGCACAAGAUCCGCAGCUUCGAGGAGGCGCGGGGGCUGGACCGCAUCAACGAGCGCAUGCCCCCGCGCAAGGAUUCGCUGCACUCGGACGGCCCCGGCGGCCUGCUCACCUCCAACUCUGCCGACAAGAACGGCACGGGCAAGAAACCCCAGUGAGCCCGCCCCGGGAGCCACGCCUGGACGGAUUUUAUUUAUUUAUUAUUAUUAUUAUUAUUAUUAUUAUGAUCGGGGUGGGGGCGGGGGCAGGGGGAGAAACCGACUUCACCUGGAGGCACGUCCAUAAAUCCAGUCUGCAUCUGUUCUCUGUAAGAAAGCGACCAUUUUGUAAUUUGUUUUUGGGUUUUUUUUUUAAUUUAUGUUCGGUAUAUAUAUAAAAAAUGUCCUUUUUUUUUUUUUUUAAUUUAGAAACCAAUCCAACUGCUAGUGCAUCCCGGGAAUGUUGUGCUGUCCAGCUGCCCUCCCCGAGAGGCCAAACCUCUGCUGGGGGGGGAUGGAUUAAAAAAACAAAAAUCAGUCAAACCAGGCAACUUGGGUCGUUGGCUUUGGCACAAUUUGGGAUUAGCCUGAGCUUUCCAAAGCAGGUCCUUCCCUUCAGGAUACGGUUGGGUUGGUUUUCCUUUUCACAUCUGUUUUCUUCCCGGAUUUUCCCUGUUGUUUUCUUCCACCUCUUGCCUACCUGCAGCUGCUGCUUUAGCACCCAAUUCCCUGGAAGGCAUUGCUGGGAUCCAUCCCUCUUUCCCAAGGUGACAGCCAGGGGUAGCUCCAAAGGACUCCAGGGUUGGUGACUCCAGUCACCUUUUCCCUCAGGAAUUCAGCUUUAUCCCAGGGGAGUCCCAAAGGAAAACAGGGAGAAGGUGUGGGAAGUGCUGCCCCUUGCUGUGGCUCUUCCUCUUGGAGCAGCCAGUUUGUGCUUGGGAAUUCCCUUGGGAAUGCCACUGAUUCAGAGCAGAGGAAUUAUCUCUGCUGCCUGCUGAUCCUUGGGAAAGCUGCAGGGCCUGAAUUUUAAAGGAAAAGGGGACGUUUUGUACCCUGGAGGCUGCAGCUCCCAGCACCACAGGCUGCCCAGCCCACGGCACAUUCCCUGCCCUGGCUCUGGAGUCGGCCCUUGCUGAGCAGUUUGGGGUGUGGGGGACAGGGGGGUCCCCCCCAGUGUCACCUCCCUGUCCCCAGCGGGGUCUUCCACCCUCUGUGCUUGAUUUGGGCAUCACCCACCCUUGGCUCUUCAGCCUUUCCCAGCAGCUGGAGCAGGGGGUUGCUGGUGAAAUUUGGGAUGAGAUGGGGGGGCCCUGCUGGAUUUGGGAGAUUUGGUUCUGUGCUGGUGACAGGGCAGCCCUGGGAGGGGCUGGAAGGCAGAACCGGGUGGAUCUGGCAGGGAUUUUGGCAGGGUGUUCUGGACAGGGACCCUGGGGACACCCCCUGGGUGUUGUGGGGGGUUUGGAGUGGGAGCUGAGCAUUCUGAGCGUUCCUUCACUGGAACUGGGAGUGCUGGGGAAGGGAUUUGUGGGAUUCCCUUUGAUCCCUUCCCGUGUGAGCCGUGCCCAUUGCCCGGAGCCGAGGCAGCAGCUCCUGGAGCUCCCCCCUCCAGCUCUCCCCCUUCUCCCGUGCUCUCCGCAGGCAGGGCUGAGCCUCUCCCAGGGGAGCUUUGCCAAGGCUUUCCCUGGAUCUUGCUCCUUCCCUCGGCGAUUCCAGCGCCAGAGGAAAGCAGCAACUUCCCAGGAAGCUUUCAGCUUGUCUUAGGAUCACACGUCACCUAAUCCCACGGGGCUGUUUAGGAUUCUGUGAGCAGACCGCUGGCUUUCCACACUUUUCAGUCACAUGCCUCCACUUUCCCCUUUUCUUUUUUCUUUUUUUUUUUUUUUCCUUUUCUUGGUGUUUUUGGUUUUUUCCCCCCUUUGAUCCCUUUAUUUUUUUACACGCCCACCGCUUAGCGAAAAAAAAGUGCGAGAUGUUUGGAGCGAGCUUCUCUUCCCCCCAGUCCGAGGAGUGGGGCCAAAUUGCCUUUUGUCUGUGAGUAUUUCUUUGUCCUUCCAGGGCCUCCUGUGAGCGCGGUGAGCCCGUGUGUGGUACCCGGGCGCCGCCCGGGGCUGCCCGUGCAUGUUCGGGCGUGUUGUGCUGACCCAGGCUGGGAUCUCACCCAAGCAGCCAGGUUUUAGUCGGGAUAUUUGGGAUGGGAAUUGCGGGACCCCGAGCCUGGCACCCCCCCCUGUUCCCAGCUUUUUUGGGGGGGUCAGCAGGGCCCGGCCCAUCACUGAGGGGGAUUUGCUUUGCUGGCAGUUUGUCCCCCCCGCCCUCUUCUCCUGCUCUGGCAUCACCAAUUCCUCCUCCCCAAAAUCCUUUUGGACCUUGUGGUUUGGGGGGCUCAGAUCCAAUCCCCCAAUCCCUGGGGCUGCUGGAGCUGCAGCUUCCCCGUGUCCCAGCCCUGCAGAAGGGCUGGAUGUUUUUUGUCUUGGCCCUGGAGAUGAUGGCCAGGGGCUGGACGUUGGUUGUCCUGGCCCUGGAGAUGGUGGCCAAGGGCUGGAAGUUGGUUGCCCCAGCCCCAGAGGUGGUGGCCAAGGGCUGGACGUUGCCCCGGUGUCCCUGUGACACCGGCACACGUGGAUGUCACACUGCCAGGUCCCCUCUUCCCUUUAAAGCAGUUCCCGAGGGGGUGAGGAGCAGCGAUGGGGCUCUGGGUGCUAAUUACCCCCCCAAUUAACGCCCCCUCUCCGUGCUGGGCUUCCCCUGCCACAACCCCGAGCUGAGAUCCCCCCUCCCCUCUUUCGGGGACAACCUCGGAGCAGAAUCCCCUGCCCCGAUCCCCACCACGGCAAACCAAAAAUCAAUCCAGAAACGCCCCCAAACUCCCCCUUUUUCCUCCUUUUCUCCCCCAAAUCCAGCGCCUCGGAGCUGGGCUUGUCUCUGACCCCUCUGAGCUCCCGCCCAUCCCUUCCCAUCCCCGGCUGCCACCUGGAGCUUGGACAGCCCGGGAUUGUGGGGACCCGACCCGAGGGAGCCCCAGAUCCAGGGAACGCCCCCACCUCCCGCAGCCUGGGUUUUUUUGCAUGUUCUAGCAAGGUGCAUGUCCAAGGAGGGGAGUCGGCAAUGGGCCGGGUGUGGGUUGAGUUCAAGCUUCAUUUUCUUUUUGGGAUUGGGAGAACCCCUCUGGCACGGAUCCCGCCUGGCCAGGGGAGCUGGCAGGGAUGCAGAUCCCACCAAACCUCGGCCAGGGAGGACCUGAAGCCCUGCAGGGGUGCAGUGGUGGUGAUUUUAGGGUUCUCAGUGCUGAAGGAUCAUACGCCCGUUGCCUGGAGACUGCCUCCUUUUUAAUUUUUACUUUUAUUUCUUGCUCUCUUUUUUUCCUUUUUUUUUUUUUUUUUUUUUUUUUAGUUCUGUUGAAAGGAGAAAAAAAAUGGUGAAAAUGUUAUUUAUUGGCAGAAAUUAUUUAAUAUAAUUUCUUUUUUUUUUUUUUUGUGAAACAAGGAAUGAAUUUGUUAGAACCGUCUCGAUGUAAAUCGGAGUCAUCUUUAAGGAGGAAAAAAAAAAGAAAAAAAAAGUUAAAAAUUGACACAGUCA